AUGGCGUGGAGGGCCUCUGAGCGUCUCAUGGAGACCAUCCGCCAUUACGCCUCGUUCCCAGCAACGGGCGUCUCGCUGCGGCAGAUGGUGCAGUUUGGAGACAAGCCGUCGACAGGAACUCUCUUCCGGGCGUCACAGUUCCUGUCGGAGGAGCUGCCCAUACGGCUGGCUCACAGGGUGCGGGAGCUGGGAGACCUGCCCGACGGGCUGAACGAGAUGCCCUCUAUCAAGAAAGUACAGGAGUGGUACGCCCAGUCGUUCGAGGAAGUACGCGCUCGGCUGCUCAAUUCCAGCAGGAUGAACGGGCGUGAGCCACGGAUGCUCGAGCAGGCGACCCCCAACCCCAGCGUAAAACAAGGGCAGUACCGCUCCUCGCCUACCACAUCCAUCCUCAACAGCAUCUACAGCAAUGGCAACUCCAGCGUCAUCGGUAACAACGGUAGCACGACCACCACGACCACGGCAACCAAUGGCGCAAAACACCGUGUGGCAGGGACUCGCCGGUAUUUUGUUGCCGCGGACGACGGCGCCGACUGGCCGCCCGAGCUGAUCGACUACAAUGCCCGUCUGGCUGCGACCCUGGACACGAUAAAGCGACGACACGACAGCGUGGUCACCACCGUGGCGCAGGGUGUGCUGGAGUGGAAACGGAAGAAACAGCGGCUCCAGAUCGACUCUGGCAUACAGGCCUUCCUGGACCGCUUUUACAUGUCUCGUAUCGGGAUACGCAUGCUCAUCGGCCAGCACAUCGCACUCACCAACCAGCACCACACCUACCAUCCAAACUACGUCGGUAUCAUCUGCACAAAGACAAACGUACGUCAAUUGGCGCAGGAAGCCAUCGAUAACGCUCGCUUUGUCUGUGAAGACCACUACGGCCUCUUUGAAGCUCCCAAGGUUCAGCUCGUCUGUCGUGAUGACCUCGACUUCAUGUACGUGCCCGGCCACCUGUCGCACAUGCUCUUCGAGACGAUCAAGAACUCGCUGCGAGCCGUCGUGGAGACACACGGACCAGAGAAGGAUUCGUUCCCUGUAACCAAAGUCAUCGUCGCCGAGGGAAGGGAAGACAUCACCAUCAAGAUCUCUGACGAGGGUGGUGGUAUUCCCCGAUCCGCCAUACCGCUUGUCUGGACGUACAUGUAUACCACCGUGGACCAGACCCCCAAUCUCGACCCGGACUUCAACAAGAGUGACUUCAAGGCACCCAUGGCCGGGUUCGGAUACGGACUGCCCAUCAGUAGACUGUAUGCCCGCUACUUUGGCGGAGACCUCAAGCUUAUCAGUAUGGAGGGAUACGGAACAGAUGUGUAUCUACACCUCAACCGCCUCUCGUCCAGCUCCGAGCCUCUCCAAUGA